AUGAAGGUAAAGAUACUAGAAUGGAAGGGGUACUCUACUUGGCAUUGGGAUUUAAGUUCAACAGCUCCUCAAAGUGGAUAUGGAUAUAUUGAAGAAUUAUGUGGUAUUUGCAGAGUUUCAUUUGAUGGAACGUGUCCAAACUGUAAAUAUCCUGGGGACGAGUGCCCGAUCGUAUUGGGAGGUGGAUGUACUCAUAAUUUUCAUUUACAUUGUAUAUUAAAGUGGUUAGAACAAGAAACUUCAAAAGGACUUUGUCCAAUGUGCAGACAAAUUUUUACAUUCAAAGAGCAAACACCACUACUGGAAGACUUGAUUAAUUUAAAAUCCCUAAUCGAUGGACAUAAAGUUAUACGGGAACGAAUCUUACAGAACAAUGAUCUGGAGUUUGAACAAUUUGAUGGGGAUUAA